UGUUUCUCUAAUCCAGGUUAGUUGGUUAGUGAACAGGUGCAGUGAGUGGAUAUGCUCUGAAUGCUUCAUGGGAAAGGAGGGGAAUUUCAUGCAUCUGAAUGACUAUGACAUCAAUCUGGAACGUCCCGCUGCCGAUAGCUCUGAGCGUGUUACAGUGUCAUGACGGAGGAAAAACAAGGAGGUAGAAGUGACAACGACAGGACCGUUGCUCGUGGGUUUCAUGCUGACGCCUUGAGGGACAUUCAGUUGAAGACAAGCCCUGAUGUCAUCUACUCAAAACUAGUAUCUCAAACAACAGUGUGAAAGAUGCCAAUACUUACUUUAGCUUUAAGUUUGAAAGCGGAGAGAGCUCCAGACCUCAAGGGAGGAUCAACAAGACUCUACUUGAAAGCUUGAGAACACAUGAGAAACAUGAGUGUGAAUGAUGAACACCCUAGACCCUUCGGGACCAGCAGUGAAGAUGGCUGUAAGGAAAUCAGGAAUAACAACAACAACAAGGAUACUGAGGAUUCGCUGGAUGGAGAUGCCAAUGCUAAUGAAAUCCAAAGGGGAGAUGGAGAAACAACUCUGGAGGCAAUUGAUGCCCUGCCCUCUGUGGUAUCUCACACCGAGAAACAGGUGAAGAUGACUAUUCAGGCCACAGAUUCCCCGUGUGAAGACCCGGAGCUGGCUGAGUUUGAGAUGUUGGAAAGUCAGGAAAUAGAGGAUGAGGAAAAGAACAAUAUUCCUAAAGGUUACAUGAAAGGGGUUUUAUCCACCGAUAUGACAAAGACCGAAGCAAAAUCUCUGAAGGAUAGCAAAAGGUUUUCCCAGUUUACUUCAAAAGAGCAAGAGUCUACAGUUUGUCCUCAGUCCUCUAGCAAAGAUUUGGUGACCAGCAUAGCCAGGAAUGACUUUAGCUCUGAAAAUGAUGUUUUUGUUUCUUGCCUCUCCACAAUGUCUAGUCUUGGAGGAAGUCUUGCUAGUGCUCUGGACAAUGCCGGUCGAACCCAGAGCUCUGAUUCGUGGCAUGCUCCCUCAGAGCCAUACCGAACUCUCUCUGAGGACCUUACUCUUGCCUCACAGUACUGUUUGACAAUUUCAGAUAAAACACGGAGCUCCCUACAUACUGAGGGCAUGCAUCAUCAAGUAGGAAAAAGUACAACGCACAUCGGCAGUGUCAAUCUUAAUCUUAACUCUACUGCCUUGCCCGAAGAACCUCAUUUAGAAGCACAAGAAAACCAACUAGCUACAGACUUUGUAAUAUCUGAGAGCUCAGGGCAACUGACUAAUGGCACGAGUGAAUGUAGCAUUGCAAGGAUCACAAAGGUCCAUAAUGAACCAGGAAGUGCCAAUCAAGAUGAUCUUAGAGAAUCUGGAGAUCGUGUGAAGGAGUACCAUGCAAAAGAGGAAAAGGCUCUAAAUUUGAAAUCAGUAUUGACUGAGAAGAGAUCUUGCCAACCUCUUGUCUCAGACCAUAUUCAGUCUACUUCACAAAACAGAAGGUCCUCCCAUGAGGUCCUCAAAAACCAGAAUGAGGAAUCUCCUGAAAUUGCUCUUAAAACAUCGAAACUAACCUCAAAAGGUGCGCCCGUCCACUCUGAUUGUUCUGAACCCCAACCGUACAAGAAGCAACCAUCUUUUGAAAAGACCCGAAGAUCUAGUUCAUUGAGUUUGGAAAGGCGAAAACCUUGGGGCAGCCCAUCUCGCUCUGAGACCCCCCCAUCCCCUAAAACCACCUGUUCACCUCGGAAACAGCCACCUUCGUCACCAGCCAGACAUACUAGCACAAGAGAAGCGAGUCAGGACCGGAGUGAAACCUUACAGAGGGCAAAUACUGGUUUGAGGCAACCAAGUAAAAGCCUUCUCAGUAGUAGUUGCAGUCUCCAAAAACCUGUCAUUCCUCAACAUCCCACUAGAGCAGAGUCUGAGUCUAAGUCUUCUCCACCUCUCAAGCCCAAAAUUGUUCGGCCAAAAAUCAUAACCUAUGUCCGCAAGAGCCCUCAAGCGAAACCAAUGUCUGAAGGUCCCUAUGAAGUAUCGACACUACCGCCGAGACUUACACCAUACAGUAGCUCACCAACCUCAAAAGAGCCCAAAGCCGAGGGGUUCAGAGGUUCGCCAGUGCUCAACUCCUCUAAUAUUGUUUAUGACAAGUAUCGCCAGGAGGUACAGAGGUCAGGGUACUACUCCCCUCCAGGACUGAUGGCGUCUGGGAUCAGGCCACCUAGCCACACUGUCCCCCAUAAACUGGUGGGAAAAUCGGAGAGUUUCCAUGGAGAGCUUCCAGAUAAAUACUUGCAUGAGGUUGGUAGAGCGGUUCAGAUAAAUACCCAUGAUGCCGCUGCUUCCGUUUUCCGCUUUCCCAGAGCCUUAAGGCCUCAGCUUGGCCUUGGAGCCGUCACCAGACAGCCUGCUACUAAGAACAGGACUGUAUUACCAGGUCAAAGAUCGGCUUCACCCCUCAGCUAUACCGCUCCAGCUGUCCAUGCCUCAAGUAGUCACCAAGAACCCAUAGUGGAUCAGAAAAGACUAGCGUUGGGUGUGGCUCCCAAAUUUAUGCUCCCCAAACCGGGUCAAUCUGGACUACGUCCUCCCGGCUUCUCCCAUCUUCCUCCUGCUCGACUGGCCGCCUUUGGCUUCGUCCGUAGUGCUAGCGUGUCUUCUGUGUCCAGCAACCAAUCAAAUGACAGCACGCACAGCGACCCCUGCCGAUCCAGCCGUCCACUCAGCGGCAGUGAUGAAAGCAGGACUCAUAACCCCCCGCCCCCCAGCCGCCGCUCUCUGCACACGCCCCCUCGCGCAUCACCCGUGGCCUCCAGAAAGGAGUUUCAAAGGGACGGAGAAAUCAGCCGUCCCAUUGUGUCGUCCCCGAAGAGGUUUGCAGUGGUCUGUCCCAAGCCUCAGUCCCCCGUGCGCCAGAAGUCGUGUGUGGCGCGUCUGGGCGGGCGUUCAGACGGUGUGGAUGCCGAGCGGGAGAAGCUGAUAAUGCAGAGACUGAAAGAGAGAUGUGAAGAUCAGGCCCGGCAGCUGAUCGUCCUGCAGGAGGAGCUCAGGAAGUCUUCGCGAUGCCUGGAUGUGUUCACCAUCAGCACACAACACUUCUGCCAGAAGAGCGAGAGCGCUGUCGUGAAGGAGAGGGAGUUAUCCCUGCAGUUAGCCAGGAUCAGGGAUGAAGUGGUGGUCAGUGUUCAGCGAUGGGAGCGUCUGCAGGGUGAGAAGGCUCAGCUGGAGCAGAGUUUUGAGCGGGAGCUGAAAGCACUCCAAGAGGAGCAACGGCAGGAGCUCAAGGCCUUACAGGAGAGACUGGUGGAGGAGCACAACUCUGAGAUUCAGCGACUCCGGCAACAGCAAAACAGUCACCUGAAGCAGCUACGCUCCCGGCAUCACGAACAGAUCGAGGAGAUGAGUGAAAACCAUGAGACGGCCAUGGUCGAGAUGGAAGCGAAUCAUGAUGCCACACUGGCCACUUUACAGGAAGAACACACCAGAACCAUCAAGAACCUAAGGAUGGCACACGAGCAGCAAAAGAGGUCAAUGGAAGAGGAAUUUGAGAAACUCAGACUGUCACUGCAGGAUCAGGUGGACACGUUGACAUUUCAGAACCGCGCUCUGCGAGACCGAGCCAAGCGUUUUGAAGAAGCGCUGCGCAGAAGCACGGAUGAGCAGAUAGUGGAUGCUCUUGCGCCAUAUCAGCAUAUUGAGGAGGACCUGAAGAGUCUUAAAGAGGUUCUGGAGAUGAAGAACCAGCAGAUUCAUCAACAGGAGCUCAAAAUUUCAGAGCUGGAAAAAAUGGCCCAGAAGAACGUUCUGUUGGAGGAGCGUAUUCAGGUGUUGCAGCAGCAAAAUGAAGACCUAAAAGACAGGAUUGACCGCAAUGUCGCAACAUCCAGGCAACUGUCAGAGGAAAACGCCAACCUGCAGGUGUACGUUGAGAAAGAGAGCAACGAGAAGAAGCGACUGAGUCGCACCAACGAAGAGCUUAUGUGGCGUCUUCAAACGGGCGAGUUGAGCCCUCGAAUGUCUCCCACCCAGUCGCCUCUUCAUCGACCAGUCUCUGGUCCUUCUUCACCCUCCCGACAACAGCCCUUCCCUAGAUGAGUGUCCAAUUCUCCGCCGCUAUUUUUGACACUCUGUUUUUGUAUCUUUAACUUAUAUUUCUCAUCAUGGUUUCUGAUUGGAUGGAACAGAAGAUGCUUCCACACCCAGUGAGUUUUCUGUUUCAUCACGUCUCAACUUACUCGUUACUGUAUUGGUUGUAAGUUGCUCUUACUGAAUAUUGAUAGGCUUUAAUACAGUGUUCAAGGUUUGAGUUUGAGCAUUACUGGACAAAAUAGUUGAAGGCAAUUAUUAGUGAAAGGAUUGUUCACCCAUUAUUUUGUCAUGAUUUACUCAUUCCAAACCUGCAUCACUGACUUCAAUGUGGAACACAAAACACAUUGUUGCUCUUUUUCAUGCAAUAUCAAUGUCAAAAUCAGUCCUAUUCAUGAAAUAAUCAAUCAGUGGUACUUUUACCAAAAGCGUUGCUAGCUAAUUAUGGUCUCAAGUUCUGUUGUUACCAACAAAGUUCAACGUUUCUGUUUCCUGAAACCAUAUUUUGCAUCGUACUACCUCCAAAGAUGCAUCGUACUAUGCUAGUUGCUCAGAGAGUUAUGUUGUUGUACGGAAAAGCACACCAAACUGGAUCCCCUAAUUAAUUGAAAAGCAAUUCAUUCAUACUCAAAGGAACGGUUCAUUCACCAAUUGGCUAUUUUUCUCACAAACAUCCCAAACACCAAGGAAAGAUGUUAAGAUUUUCAGUGAAUUACGACCAAUAAGAUUUUGGUCUGUUCUUACAGUUGUUGUGACUUUAGUAGACCUGGAAUGUAUGGCUCAUGUUGUAUAGAUCACUUCUGAUAAACUUUUAUGGUGUUUUGUGAGAUUUUUUUGAAGCUUGAAAGCAUCAGUCCCCAUUCGUUGUAAUUGCAUGGAAAAGAGCUAACAGCACAUUCAUCAGAAUUUCUUCUUUUCAAAAAGUUUUUGUGUUCCACAAAAAAGUUUGUCAUACGAAUUUGUUAAGGUUGUUGCUUGAACAAAUGUAAUGGAGGCAAGCUAGUUAGAGCUGUGCAAGUAAACCUCACUCCCCUAGCCGCGAGAGGCCUCCCAUGCCGGAGACGCAGGUUCGAAUCCCGCUCGGAGUGGGUUGAGUAGGACCAGUUUUAUUGGUGCCGUGACCCGGGUGUGAGUGAGGUUUAGGAAGUUGAUUAACAGAGGCCAGGUAGUUAGAGCUGUGCGAGUAAACCUCACUCCCCUGGCCUCAAGAGGCACACUGGAGACUGCAGUCUUUAGCAUUCUUGUUAACGUGCCGGCCUCCCAUGCUGGAGACGCAGGUUCGAAUCCCGUUCGGAGCGGGUUGAGUAGGACCAGUUUUAUUGGUGCCGUGACCCGGGUGUGAGUGAGGUUUAGGAAGUUGAUUAACAGAGGCCAGGUAGUAAGAGCUUUGCGAGUAAACCUCACUCCCCUGGCCUCAAGAGGCACACUGGAGACUGCAGUCUUUAGCAUUCUUGUUAGUGUUGGCCUCCCAUGCCGAAGAAGUAGGUUCGAAUCCCGUUCGGAGCGGGUUGAGUAGGACCAGUUUUAUUGGUGCCAUGACGCAGGUGUGAGUGAGGUUUAGGAAGUUGAUUAACAGAGGCCAGGUAGUAAGAGCUGUGCGAGUAAACCUCACUCCCCUGGCCUCAAGAGGCACACUGGAGACUGCAGUCUUUAGCAUCCUUGUUAGCAUGCCAGCCUCCCAUGCUGGAGACACAUGUUUGAAUACCGCUUUGUAUACCGCUUUGUUUAUUGGAGCAGGUUGAGUCGGAGCGGUUUGACAAACAUUAUCCUACAUUAGAGAGAACAGAAAAAAGGAAAAUUAUUCUCCUUUCUUUACUUUAUUACUUUAUUGUGUCCAUCACAAUGUUGUGUAUUAUGAUGCUUCAUAGGCCAUUUUGAAAUGUACCUUUUUGUACCUUCUACUCUGAUGGAUUUGGCUCUUGGGCUUGCGCUGAGGUGAAAAAUCUUCAACCUUUGCCUAUGGUCUGAAGCUUUUCCAAAGAUUGAUCAGGACAUCAUGUAUACCAGUUUUACAAGGAAUAUUUGCCUUUUUUCAAAGGAAAGCCACCCACCAGCAACCUUCUGUGCAAGUCGAGGCAUUACUGUACUCGACACACUCAACAGGAAAACAUCUCAACGGGCAAGUUUAUGAUGGACAUGUCAUUCAAAUGAGGUAAAUACUUUGUCAUACUUAUAUGGUCUAGGGGGUUAAAUGUUGAUCAAAAGUGAUUUUAACACAACUUUUUAAGGUGGUUCAUCCACAUAUUGUAACCACUAUACAAGGAUGCUAAUAUUAGCAUGGACUGACAAUUCAGUUGUGUAAAUGACUUGCAAAACUUCAACCUGCAGUCUUCUCACUCAUGUUUGUGAGGGAAAACAACCCUCAAGCCUUCAUCUCAACUAGCCUUGUUUACAGAAAUCUCCGGAACGCAUUACACUGUAAGAACUGCCUGUAAACUUGACGCCAUAGGUAUCAGUCAUGGCUGUUUGUGUCUCUCUUCUCUGUACAGUAUGUAUCAUAAGUCUUCCGGUUGCUCUAACCCAGAUAUAAUAUGCUUAAACUGCAUUCACGUGGACACUACUGAGGGCAUUUGACCCACUUUGUAGAGACUUGGCUGCAUAAUAUUAAACUGAAAGGUUUGCGAAAGUACUACAGAACAUUAGCGUUAGCAUUUUACAUUAGCAAUGCGCUAUCAUGAGUACCUCACUUCUUGAAAUGAAAACGCAGCCCUCUAAGGAGUUUUCUUGUUUAUUAUAAUACGUUCAGGGUCUCAAAGCCAUGGUCUCAAUAAAGGAAGUUCUCUAGUCGUGAAUAAGAACCUGAAAGUAUUCAAAGUGCACCUGUGUUUCCCUGAAAUGUCCUAUUACAACUGUCCUGUAUAUUAGGUGGAUAUAUUCGCACUUGCGUUGAGGUAAAAGUCUGGAUUCAGUCUUUGGGAACAGUAUAGAACAGAGUUAGGAAGUCAUAUUGUUCAUGAAUGUUCAAAUAUUUGAUGUCUUUAGUUUUAUUUUAUGUCCAAGUGUACUUAGUAGUGCAGCUAUUAGUGAUUACAUUGUUAUGAGUUGCUUAAAUGACCAUGAUUGAUUUUUUAUAAGAACAUAAAAUCAUAAGUUUACGUUAUUCAGCCUUAACAUUUGUGCAAAUACAGCAAAAAUGUCAGUUGCCGUUGCAAACCAAGAUGGCUGAUGUUAUACCAUUGUACUUGCGAAUUUAUUUCCUGCUCAUUCUCAGAGAAUCAUUACCUCCCGUCUCAGUCAGAGAUCUAGCUCAGGUUAGGAAGGUGCGUUACAAAUGUCAUUUCACAGUACAUGAUAAUGUAAACUAAAUGUACUGUAUCUACAGUGUGUAAACUAAAUGAUACAUUUGAAGGUUGGUGUCAUGUAAUAUUAUUAGACUUGUAAAUGUAUUUCACUCAGCAAUUAAAUCGAAAGCUCCGAAUGAAAUAUUGAAAUAUCAAACCAACUACCUGUCUGCCGAGGAAAAUGCAACUCUGUCAAGGUUUCUUGGGUGUGCGCUUGGAUUAUUUUCAUCUCUGCUUUUGACUUAUAAAUGAAAGGAAAUCUUCAAUUAACCAGGUUGUGAAAUGCACUGAGUUUUUUUGUUGUUGUUUUUUUCUGUGUGUGUCCCAUGGACAUGAUUAUGGUAUUUAUGAAUGUUUCUUCGUAUUUUUAAAGGAAUAGUUCAUCCGAAAAUUAACAUUUACUCACUCUCAAACUCGUGUUGUUUUUGUCCACAAAAUGAGUUUUGAAGAAUUUUACCCUUGUGGAAAAGAAGUGCACUUAAUGUGCGCUUGUAGUGUACUUAAAAAAAAUAAAAAAAAAAAA